UCGCGAGAGCGCCGUCUCCUCGCGUGUAAUGCAGCUCGGCGGCGGCCUGGCGGAAUGUGAAAGUACAAGUUGUGUUGCUUCUUCUAAUCUCUGGACUACACCCGCCGCGCACAAAUCGGCCGAGUCUCCACACGCGAGGGAAGCUCUUUGGAAAAAAUGCCUCCCUAGGGGAUGAGACUCCAUCGUUGAUAUCAGUGUCUGCGGCUCUGGGAUCGUUGACAACCUUGGCUGCGCGUUGGCUCAGGAUGGCGCAUGGAGGACCCCCGCUUGACCACGUCCUGCAGGACCUCAAGCAGCGCUUCCCAGAGAUCCCAGAAGGGGUAGUGUCACAAUGCCUUUUGCAGAACAACAACAACCUAGAUCGCUGCUGCCACCUGCUGGCCCUGGAGAGUAACCGAUACCUCUAUGGGGAUUUCCAUCACAGUCCGGAGGAGGUGAGUCGCAAUCACAUGCUCCACAUUAACCUGGGCUACCAGGGCUCGGACCUCAACAAGCCAAAUGGAGCGGCGGCGGCAGGGCGCUCGCUGGUCCACAGCACGAGUGACAGCCACAUCGAUCCCCAGAGACCCAGCUACCCCGAGCCCCUGUCGGCGCCCGCCGCCAUGGCCCCCUCCGCCGGUUACAAUCCAUUUUUCAUCAACGACCAGAGCCGUUCGGCGAGCACUCCCACCCCGCCGCCGAUUCAGAGCAUGUCCCCCACCUUUUCCCCCGUCACGCGCUAUACUAUGAACCCUAUCGCAGUAACACUUUCGCAAAGUAUACCCAACGCCCCACAGGCGUUGCAGAUACCCCCCGGGCACUAUGCUAACAGCGGCAGCACCAUUUAUAUCCGACCCUCGCCCUCCCAGAGCCCGCAGCCGCCACCGUGGCCGUCCUCGGGUACCACCGUUUAUCACCACCAGUCCCCCUACAGCACCCCUACUUAUGGCUCGCCAUACAGUUCCCCCCAGCAUCAGGUGCAACCCCAGCAUCAGGUGCAACCCCAGCAUCAGGUGCAACCCCAGCACCAGGUGCAACCUCAGCAUCAGGUGCAACCUCAGCAGCCGUCCCAGCACCAGCAAUACGUCUUCCUCCCCAUCAACUCUCCGACACACCCCAGCAUAUCCUACCACCACCAGCAACAGCCCCCCGUCUACAGGCCCUACCACUCCAAGGGCUCCCACAAGAAUCAGAUCGAGAUUACCCUGGAAGGACCGCGGCCUCGCAGCAACUCCCCCGUGCACACCCCCCACCCCCAGGGAGCGCUUUACAUGACCACCAGUCCUUCGCCCAGCUCGCCUUCCAGGGGCAUCGCCCUAAGCGGACCUCCAGGACCGGCGUCCUACCACGCAGGAAAGUACCUGCAGCACCACAGCCCCGCCAGGCCUCGGCCCGCCUCCUCGCCACAGCCGGGCCAGUCCGCGUACACUUUCCAGAUCAAAAUGACCGGAGGGCAGGCCCAGAGACCGCCCAGCUCGCCUCCCGUGGCUGAGGCCGAGUCACUCCUCAACAUCGUGGACCACGGGGAGAAGAAUGCCGCCCCUCCACCCAUCCUCCCCAUCUCCGCGCUGCCAGGGAACGUGGCCAGUCAGUUUCGCCAAACGCACCGACGGUCCAGCUCGGGCUCCGAUGACUACGCCUACACUCAAGCGCUUCUGCUCCACCAGCGAGCCAGGAUGGAGCGCCUUCUGAAGGAGCUGCUGUUCGAGAGGCAGAAACUGGAGCAAGAGAAGUCGGACGUCAACAACAUGGAAUACGAAGCCCUACAGAGACGCUUUCGUAGAGUCAACUCUACCAGUCUUAUACCACGACCUGAGGAGAUGACUCGAUUGCGGAGCCUCAACAGACAGCUUCAGAUUGAUAUCGACUGCACGCUGAAGGAGACGGAUCUACUGCAGUCCGGAGGGAAGUUUGACCCGCAAGCCAUGAACAACUUCUACGACAACAUCCAGCCUGGCCCAGUGGUGCCGCCCAAACCAGGAAGGAAAGACGGGGACCAGAUCUCCAAGCCAGUGUCGGUGCCUCAGAGGGACGAAGACUUUGAAGGCGCACAGUGGGGCUGCGAAUACUGCACCUUCCUCAACCACCCCGCUCUCAAACGCUGUGAACAAUGCGACAUGCCGCGCUACACCUGAGCUGAAAACGCCGCACCCGCCUUCCGCUCCCUCCCUAGAAUGUGGAGGACGUGGCCCGUCAAUCAAUAUUUAAGAGCCGAGAGUACCUGCUGAGGAAGAGCCACCAUCCCUCCCUGGCCAACUUGUCCUGCUCUUAUCUGCUACUCCUGUGCACUUUGAUUUCAACCUCUUGUUUUGAUUUCAGGGGGGGGUUGGCGACUCCGAUGGCUAAUCUUUUUUUAAAAAGGACUAAGAAGCGCGCACUCGGGCGGCGAGUGUCCCGCCGAGUCAGAAAGGUCAAAGUGAAAACAAGGAUGGACUUGUGGUUUACCUGCAAACAUUCCAUGCGGAACGAGGGACCGGUCCUGUUUACACAGCUGCAUCCAUUCCCGCUCUCCGCUCCAGGAACGGUAUCUUAUUUCUCUCUCUUGCUGACAGUGGAAUAAUGCAAGGUCUGACUAAUGCAAAUGUAGACUCUACACUGUAUUUGGCUCUGGCUUCAGAGCUGGGGGGGGGGACAAGAACACUAAAAAAAACAACAUAUGAGUAUAUUCCUGGUACUUUUAUGGCACCCUCUGUAUUACGUGAUGGUUUCCUGUGCGAAUGCCUCAAGUUGCUGUAAUUAAUAAAGGAGCGGAUUCUGUGACGUGACCAAAGUGGGCUGGCAUGUCCUUACAGUAACAGCGAGACAAAGAAGACCUCCCGACAUAUGGCACCAUGUACUGUAAGUCUUUUGUAUCGAUAAUUAUUGAUGUUUUUUAUGACCUAUGGAAAAUAUAUUUUAUUUAAAAUGUAGCCUUCCUGUGAUUAUAAUCCCUCAGCUAUCAGGGCACAAAGGAGAUGUCAACUCAAACAUGGAAAACAAUGUAAACAACAGAAACUUGAGGGUUCCAGGUUCGAUUCCCGCUUCCGCCAUCCUAGUCACUGCUGUUGUGUCCUUGGGCCAGACAUUUUACCCACCUGCUCCCAGUGCCACCCACACUGGUUUAAAUGUAACUUAGAUAUUGGGUUUUACUAUGUAAAGCGCUUUGAGUCACUAGAGAAAAGCGCUAUAUAAGUAUAAUUCACUUCACAUGUUUACCGUAUUUUUCGGACUAUAAGUCGCAAUUUUUUCCCCAUAUUUUGGCCGGGGGUGCAAGUUAUACCGUAUUUUUCGGAGUAUAAGUCGCACCUGCCGAAAAUGCAUAAUAACGAAGAAAAAAAAACAUACGUAUAUAAAUCGCAUUGGAGUAUAAGUCGCAUUCCGUCAGUCUACCCCAGGGCAGCUGUGGCUACUGAUGUAGCUUACCACCACCAGGUGUGAAUGAAUGAUGGGUUCCAACUUCUCUGUGAGCGCUUUGCGUAUCUAACACAUGGGUCGGGAACCUUUUUGGCUGAGAGAGCCAUGAAAGCCAAAUAUUUUAAAAUGUAUUUCAGUGAGAGCCGUCUAAUAUUUUUAACACUAAAUACUGUCACAUUUUGUUGACGAACCCCAAGAUGCAGAGACGGUGGCAGGCAUUGAAUAAGAAAACAUGAUUUAAUAUGAAUACUAAAACAAGAACAAACAGAAGGUGCGCACGAGGCGGAUAACAAACUAGGAUAUGAACAAAACACUUACUGUGACAAAAAGGAACUAUGGCAUGAGCAGAGUGAACAAAAGUAGACACGGCUACAACGAAGUAUCAAUGACAUUGACAGGUAGUGGUGACAAACAACCGGUAGGAGCGACUAUAAUCCAGCACUGACUGGAAGACAAAGCAGGUAAAAAUAGGAGUGGGCUGAUUGACACCAGGUGUGGCCAGGUGCCAAUCGGUCGCAGCUGAGGGGAAACAGCGCUCAGGGAGAAAGACAGGAAACAGACAAGAGCGCUGACAGGAAACACUUAAACAUGGCCACACUGUCAGGGACAAACCUGACAAUACAACUGUCAUAUUUCAAACACUGAUGACAUCUCUUAAACAGACAAGAAGCAAGGAAUUUAACAGGGACAGGAUUCAAUUUAGCUCAAUGAGGAGAAACCCGUAGACCUUUACCCUCGUCCCACGCUCUGACAAGAGAAUCCAACGCCCUCUCUUUCAUUUCGACUUUCCCUGAAUACAACAACUAAAUGCGUGCAUCUCCUAUUCUUUAUAAUACAUCAUUAUUCUUAAGCUAACCAAUAAUAAAUAAAAUACUUUUGACCAUUGAUAUGACUUCUUGAACAGGUGCGGUAGAUGGAUUAAAAUGCAUGAGAAUGUUUUAUAUUUUGAAGGUUAUUUUUAACACUGUGAUUACCGGCGGAAUUAUUAAUUAGUUAUCGUAUUAAGCAACGUCCGCUAAGAUUUAUCUGAGAGCCAGAUGCAGUCAUCAAAAGAGCCAAAUCUGGCUCGAGAGCCAUAGGUUCCCUACCCCUGAGCUAACAGUAGAAAAGCACGAUAUAAAUCUAAUCCAUUAUUAUUAUUAUUAUUUUUGGGGAAAUUUAUUUCAUAAAACCCAACACCAAGAAUAGACAUUUGAAAGGCAAUUUAAAAUAAAUAAAGAGUAGUGAACAACAGACUGAAUAAGUGUACUUUAUAUGAGGCAUAAAUAACCAACUGAGAAGGUGCCUGCUAUGUUAACUUAACAUAUUAUGGUAAGAGUCAUUCAAAUAACUAUAACUUAUAGAACAUGUUAUACCUUUACCAAACAAUCUGUCACUCUUAAUUGCUAAAUAUGAUGAAAUCUUACACAUCUAGUCUCUUACGUGAAUGAGCUAAAUAAUAUUAUUGAUAUUUUACAGUAAUGUGUUGAUAAUUUCACACAUUUAAGUCGCUCCUGUGUAUAAGUCACACCCCCCGCCAAAAAAUACGGUACUCAGGAGCGACUUAUGUGUGAAAUUAUUAACACAUUACCGUAAAAUAUCAAAUAUUAUUAAGCUCAUUCACGUAAGAGACUAGAUGUGUAAGAUUUCAUGGGGUUUAGCAAUCAGGAGUGACAGAUUGUUUGGUAAAGGUAUAACGUUCUAUAUGUUAUAGUUAUUUGAAUGACUCUUACCAUAAUAUGUUAGGUCAGGGGUCGGGAACCUUUUUGGCUGAGAGAGCCAUGAAAGCCAAAUAUUUCGAAAAUGUAUUUCCGUGAGAGCCAUAUCAUAUUUUUUAACACUGAAUACAACUAAAUGUGUGCAUUUUUAAGUAAGACCAACAUUUUUAGGUUAUAAUAAGUCUCUUUAUUCUUUUUAAUAACAUUGUUAUUCUGAAGCUAACCAAUAAUAAAUCAAAUGUCAUGAUCAUGUUUUUGUUUGGCCAUGUUGCUGUUUGUCCUUUGGACUCUUUAAGUUCCUGUUUUUUUCCACUCCCUUGUCUGGUUUCCUUGGUUACUCAUUUUGUCCACCUGUCUCUGGUGGACAAAAUGCCGCUCACCUGCUUCCCGAGCACUAAUCAGAGGCAGUAUUUAAGCUCGUCUUUGCCAGUCAGUCGCCCUGUGCUGACUUGUUUCAUGCCUUACCAUAGUUUCGUGCUUCAUGCCAUGCCAAGUAAGUUUUGUUUGAUUUAUGUUCUUAAUCUGUUUAUGCGUUAGCUUUGUUCCUUAGCCCAAGUUGUGCCUCCGCUGUGAGCGAUUUUUGUUUGUAUCUUUUUUUAGUUAAAAUUAAAUCAUGUUUUUACCUAAAUGCCAUGUCCCGAGUAGUCCGUCUGCCUUCCUGGGGGAACGACCCCGCAGCAAGCUGCAACCCCCCCAUCGUGACAUAAAAUACUUUUUACCAUUAAUGCGACUUCUUGAACAGGUGCGGUAGGAAACGGAUGGAUGGAUUUAAACGCAUGAGAAUGUUUUAUAUUUUGCACGUUAUUUUUAGCACUGUGAUUACCAGCAAAAUUAUUCAUAAUUAUCGCUUUAAGCAAUGUCAGCUAAGAUUGAUCUGAGAGCCAGAUGCAGUCAUCAAAAGAACCACAUCUGGCUCUAGAGCCAUAGGUUCUCUACCCCUGUGUUAGGUUAACAUAGCAGACACCUUCUCAGUUGGUUAUUUAUGCCUCAUAUAAAGUACACUUAUUCAGCCUGUUGUUCACUAUUCUUUAUUUAUUUUAAAUUUUCUUUCAAAUGUCUAUUCUUGGUGUUGGGUUUUAUCAACUAAAUUUCCCCCAAAAAUGCGACUUAUACUCCAGUGCGACUUAUAUAUGUUUUUUUCCUUCUUUAUUAUGCAUUUUUGGUAGGUGCGACUUAUACUCCGAAAAGUGCGGUAAAUCACAUUGAACACUUAACAAGAUCUUAAAAUACGGAAUAUGUAAGAAAUGAUUGAUAAAGUGUAAGAAAAUAGAAGCCUAGAGAGAACUAUUUUCUGCAGGUUUAGUGGCAGGAAGUUACAGCGGUGCUCUAAAGGGUGAGCGCGGCCAAGGUGGUGUGGGUUUAGCGGUCUUGCCUUGCAUCGUUUACAGACCACAUUGGUCUGACUACGGUCCCUUUGGGGAAAAAACAAAAACUGUCCAUGUGACUUUUCUGCUUUUAGCCACAAUUUAUUUUGUUCGAGAAUCAGCACCUCCAAGUCCGAGUCCAUGGUUCUCGCCCGGAAAAGGGUGGAAUGCCAUCUCCGGGUUGGGGAGGAGACCCUGCCCCAAGUGGAGGAGUUCAAGUACCUAGGAGUCUUGUUCACGACAAUACUCCCAAUUCCUCACAUAAUCGUACAUUAAGUUAAGACUGCACAGUUCUGAAAAAAAAGUGGACUUCAAUUGUUUUGCUCCGAACUAAAAUGGCGAUUCUGUCUUGUUCUUGGUGGGAGGGAGACUUGAGGAUGGAAUAGAAAUGAAUGGAAAGACUGAAACUGAUCCAUCAAGUCAAAAGGUCUACGUUCUCGCUGACUGGACACAAUAAAGACAAGUGAAAGUGAAA